AUGCCUACCAUCACGGGCAUCGAGCUCCUGACCGCCGCCACCCCCAACGGCCAGAAAAUCAGCAUUCUGCUCGAGGAGUUAGGAAUCCCAAGACACCAGCGUUCCUCCGCCAUCAUCGACCACAGCCGCGGCGAUUUCGCCGUCUUCGAGAGCGGCGCCGUGAUGCUGUACCUCGUCGAGCGGAGCGAAAUGCUGCAGUGGCUGUUCUUCCAGAACGCGGGCCUCGGGCCUAUGCAGGGCCAGGCAAACCACUUUGUGCGGUACGCCCCGGAGAGAAUCGCGUAUGCUGCCGAGCGCUACCAGAAUGAGACGCGCCGCUUGUACGCGGUGCUGGAUGAACGCCUGCAGCGGCGUGCGUAUCUCGCGGGCCGCGGGCAAGGCAGGUACUCCAUCGCGGACAUUGCUGCGUUCGCGUGGGUGCCGUGGGCGCCGUGGGCGGGCGUGGAGCUGGAUGCGUUUCCGGCGGUGAAGGCGUGGGCGGAGAGGAUCGAGGCGAGGGAGGGCGUGAAGAGGGGGUUGAGGGUGCCUGCAGGCGAGGACCAGAUUGAGCGGCUGAGGCGGGAUCCAGAGGUCGAGGAUCCAUUUAAGGGGUGGGUUAUGAUGGGGCAGAGUGAGGUGAGGGAGAAGCACGGUGGGGGUUCGUGAGGGAGAGAUGGAGGGCUGUGUUGCGGUCCAAAGGUACAUGUUGGUCGCAUGGGAACGAAAUAUGGCGCUGGCGUAUUACUUGGAUGGCAUGCUUGUAGCAGUACUUGUGUAUGCUCUGAGUGGCUACGAAUUGCUUGCGAGACUGACAGUAGAGGGUUGCAACGCUUAAACUACAGCUACCAAGGUGAGAAGCGAGAUUCGUAUUGUUAAGUUCCUGGUUGGCUUACGGCAAGCUCUGGUAUAGAACAUGCGACUGCAGACCGCUGCUGGUGGUGAUUUGUUUGCGU